UUUCAUUUCAAUUGGUAGCGGAGCCUUCCAUCAGAGCUUCUUGAGCACAGUCACCAUGUUCAGGAACGCCCUCCGACAGUCGUCUCGCGCCGUCGGUGCUGUCUCUGCCUCUGGCAGGGUUGCUACCCGAUCCGGUCCGGCUGCUCUCAACAUCGCAUCAAGAUCCGCCAACGGCUACGCCACCGAUGCCAAAGCCGCCCCGACCGAAGUCUCCUCGAUCUUGGAGCAGCGAAUCCGUGGCGUUCAGGAGGAAGCUGGCCUUGCCGAGACUGGCCGUGUCCUCUCCGUCGGUGACGGUAUCGCCCGUGUCCAUGGCAUGCGCAAUGUCCAGGCCGAGGAGUUGGUCGAGUUCGCUUCCGGUGUCAAGGGCAUGUGCAUGAACUUGGAAGCCGGCCAAGUCGGUGUGGUGCUUUUCGGUUCCGAUCGAUUGGUCAAGGAAGGCGAGACCGUCAAGCGUACCGGAGAGAUUGUCGAUGUCCCCGUUGGUCUGGAACUUCUUGGCCGCGUCGUCGAUGCUCUGGGUAACCCCAUCGACGGCAAAGGUCCUCUCAACACCUCCGAGAAGCGCCGUGCUCAGCUUAAGGCUCCCGGUAUCUUGCCUCGUCACUCCGUCAACCAGCCCGUGCAGACAGGUCUGAAGGCCAUCGACGCCAUGGUGCCGAUCGGUCGUGGACAGCGUGAGUUGAUCAUCGGUGAUCGUCAAACCGGAAAGACUGCCGUCGCUCUCGAUGCCAUGCUGAACCAGAAGCGAUGGAACGACACUUCCGAUGAGACCAAGAAGCUGUACUGCGUGUACGUCGCCGUUGGUCAGAAGCGGUCCACCGUUGCCCAGCUCGUCAAGACCCUGGAGGAGAACGAUGCCAUGAAGUACACCAUCAUCGUCGCGGCCACCGCUUCCGAAGCCGCUCCUCUGCAGUACAUCGCUCCUUUCACCGGUUGCUCCAUGGGUGAGUGGUUCCGUGACAACGGCCGCCACGCCGUCAUCAUCUACGACGAUCUGUCCAAGCAGGCCGUCGCGUACCGUCAAAUGUCCCUGCUGCUCCGUCGUCCUCCGGGUCGUGAGGCUUACCCCGGCGACGUUUUCUACCUCCAUUCCCGACUUCUGGAGCGUGCUGCCAAGAUGAACGAUAAGCACGGUGGUGGUUCCCUCACUGCGCUUCCCAUCAUCGAGACCCAGGGUGGUGACGUGUCUGCCUACAUUCCCACCAACGUCAUCUCCAUCACCGACGGCCAGAUCUUCUUGGAAGCCGAGUUGUUCUACAAGGGUAUCCGCCCGGCCAUCAACGUCGGUCUGUCCGUGUCCCGUGUCGGCUCCGCCGCGCAGCUCAAGGCCAUGAAGCAAGUCGCCGGAUCGCUGAAGCUCUUCUUGGCCCAGUACCGUGAGGUCGCUGCCUUCGCCCAGUUCGGUUCCGAUCUGGAUGCGUCGACCAAGCAGACCCUGAGCCGUGGUGAGCGUCUGACCGAGCUCCUCAAGCAGAAGCAGUACUCGCCCAUGGCCGUCAACGAGAUGGUGCCGCUGAUCUACGCCGGUGUCAACGGGCACCUGGACAACGUCCCGGUUGCGAAGAUUCUCACGUGGGAGUCCGACUUCAUUGCCCACUUGAAGGCCAACGAGUCCGAGCUGCUGUCCCAGAUUGAGCGUGAGGGUGCGUUGAGCAAGGAGUUGGAGGGCAAGUUGAAGGAUGUCGUCGUCACCUUCACCAAGAGCUUCCUAUGAGUGUGAGAUUAGGAAAUGUAUAAUAUGCCUUAACACCUCUCCAAGCAAAGCGCCAGCGUGGACAUCGCCGUCAGUCCACGGGAGUGCUCAUGGACUGCGGUGCCAUUGUCCCAGUUCCCUUUCACCACAAUUGUCGAUACAGCUCUCCUUUCUUGUUUGGUUGAUGGCUGGUGAAGAUGCGUAGCUCUCUAGA